AUUCGCGCACCGUUGGAGUCUCUCCCGUAGUUUGUGCUUGGAUACAAUCGUCAUAGAGCAUUUAAUUUGCAAUAAAGCUGAGGUGAAUAUGGCGACGUUGGGACCAGACCCUCGUCCACAUUCCCAGCUCGCUUCUGCCUCUAUACAAAGUAACAUUAGCGGCAAUAACCUGCCAACUAACCGCGGCUUGGAAAGAGCGUUGGAAGAAGGAGCGAACUCUGGGUUUUUUUACCUCAGCGCCAGGAAACUCAAAGAAUUCCCUAGGACAGCAUCUAACUACGAUUUAUCAGAUACGGUGGAAGCAGACCUGUCGAGGAAUCGUUUGGCGGAGGUCCCCUCGGAGGUGUGUCACCUGGUCGCCUUGGAAUCGCUGAACCUCUAUCACAACUGUAUCAAAACUAUUCCUGACACCAUUAUCAGCCUACAGUCACUCACCUCCUUAAACCUCAGUCGGAACCAGCUGUGUGCUCUGCCAGCCUGCCUGUGUGGGUUGCCCCUACGAGUCCUCAAUGCCAGCAACAACAAGCUGGUGUGUAUACCUGAGGCCAUCGGUCAGCUCAGAAGCCUCAUGGAGCUGGAUGUGAGCUGUAAUGAGAUCACUGCUCUGCCCCGUCACAUCGGCCGACUCAAGGCCCUCAGAGAACUCAACGUCCGCAGGAACCUGCUCUGUGUCCUACCUGAAGACUUGGCGGAGCUUCCCCUGGUGAAGUUUGACUUCUCCUGUAACAAGGUGUCCACCAUCCCAGUGUGCUACAGGAAGAUGGCCCAGCUCCAGAACCUACAGCUGGAGAACAACCCCCUACAGAGCCCCCCUGCACAGAUCUGCAUGAAAGGCAAAGUUCACAUAUUUAAGUACCUGAGCAUUGAGGCAUGUCGGAGUGACAAGAUGCCUGAUUCUCUCUAUCUGCCUGUCAUGGAGCGCCUCAGCCUAUCACGACCCGCCGCCGGCAGCACGGAGGACAUUGACCAGAAUAAGAAACAGGACACUGACUCAGGAGUUGGCAGCGACAACGGGGACAAGAGACUGUCUGCCACCGAGCCUUCAGACGAGGACAGCUUAAGUCUCAAUGUCCCCAUGUCACACAUCACAGAGGAGGAGGGGCUAAGCAAAGACGACUCCAGCGAACACAUCAGCGCUCUAACAGCGGACCCCCACGGGGACGGUGUACGACUGAUAGAGGAGAGCCCAACAGAGGCCCUGAAGGACCUGAAGGAACAGUUAGGCUACAGAGACUCCUCUUCGGCUCUCAGCAACCGCUUCCGCAGCUACAUCAAGGGACGGACGGCAGACUACGACGAGCCCCUCAGGAUAGAGGAAGACACACACUGGGCCUCUGAGCAGACGUCAAAGGUCACAGAAGGAACGCACAUUGCCAUGAUCAACCAGCUGAAGGAGGCUGUGGAGCUACUACAAGACCCUAACAGAGUGAGUAUGGAAACAGAGGACCUAUCUGGAGUUCAGCUUUACCCUGUUGAGAUGGUCAUGGUGGAAGACUCUCUCAAUGGCCAAGACAGUGACGGCAGUGAAGGACGAACCACACCCAAGGGAGAAGACAGAGUUCCAGGCAGCGGUCCCACGUUUACCACCCCUCUCACCCCUCCCUUCGGGCUGAAGCCCCGCUCGGCCCCUGCCUCACUGCCCUGCUCGCCCCCGCCCUGUCUCCGCCCCCCCCUCACACAGGCCUUGUCCGUCGAUAAAGACACUCCCCCUAGACCAAGCGAUGGAGGCAUGCACAGCAGUGUGUUCCUGAGGACCCAUAAGAGUCUGGAGUCUGUGGAUCCUCAGUUCACCAUGAGGAGGAAGAUGGAACAGCUGAGAGAAGAGCUGGAGCUGAUGGAACAGCUCAGAGAGAGCAUAGAGAGCAGACUGAAGGUGGCUCUUCCUGAAGACCUCGGCUCCUCCCUCAUGGACGGGGUGGUGCUCUGCCAUCUGGCCAAUCACAUUCGCCCACGCUCCGUGGCCAGCAUCCAUGUGCCCUCGUCCGCUGUGCCCAAACUCAGCAUGGCCAAGUGUCGGAGGAACGUGGAGAACUUCCUGGAUGCCUGUAGGAAGAUGGGCGUUCCCGAGUCGUCCCUCUGCUCAGCAUAUGACAUCAUCCAGUGUCACCUGCGGCCGAUCCGUGUCACCGUGUGCGCCCUGGUCGCCAUGGAGUCCCCCACAGAGGGGAGGAAUUCAGACAGACAGGGGAAGGGCCCGAGUCCAAACCCAAGCCCCGCCCCCGAGGCGUCUACACAGGUCGCCCAGGCUCCGCCUCCCGCCUGGCAGCCCUGGGACCUGAUUGGCUCGAGCCUAGUACAUGUGUUCUGUCUCCUCCUGCUGUUUGUGGCCUAUAGCUGGAGCGAGCUGACGUAAUGCCACCUGUCAAUCUCCUGUCAAAGCCCACCCUCCUCUCAGCCCUGUCCCCCGCAUGUGCCAACACGUCUCUGUCCGCAAUCCUCCUCCUCUUUUUCUUCAACCUCGUUUCUGUGCUCUUCCCUCUGCCUGGGAAAACUGCUGACUCACACAACAGUGUGUCUCUCAUACACACUUGUAUUCAUGCACACAUUACAGAUGCGCACCAUUAAACUCCAAUAAAUACCGACUCACAACCUCACACACAUGCAUUCAUAUACUGUCCCCAUCAAUACUGCACAUUCCAACUGUUGAAAAGAAGCCUGGAACUUGUACACAAGGGGUUACCGGAAGACUCUCUACAACUCUUUGGCCAAUGUCUCAAAUCAAGCCUGUCAUGUUGGACUGUUCUCUUUAUUAAUGCCCUCUGGGGUCACAGACCUGUUGUAUGGGGUCAUACAGUAUACCCACUCCCCAUGGGGUCAUACACUGUCUCUUGGUUCCAUACAGCCUGUCUAGUUUGGGUCCAGGUAAGCACAGACCAUUAAUAGGGUUCCUCUAUCAAGCUGGAUCUUGGAGCUUUUUUGUUGCAUUGAUCUCUCUCUUCAAGACACAUCAGAUACAGGUACAAUACAGUUGUUAUUAUACUGUCUGUUCAAAGUAAAUAGUAAAGCUCAAUAGUGAUGCCAUCUAUGACAAAGAUACAACACAGUGUAUAGGUUUGGACCUAAUAAACACACCACUUAUGACUAGACUGUAGAAUGUCACUACAGAACACUGUCACUAAAUUAAGUUCAAUAAUCACGUCACUACUGCACAUCUCGACCAUGUACAGAUAACUGCCAAAAUAAUGGAAACACUUGAGUAAAUGACGGAUAUAAAGUAUAUUGAAAGUGGG